AUGGUAUCGUUCACAGUCCUACUGGCUCUGAACUUGCUGGUCGUUACUGCCGCACUGGGGAAAACAACCUUAGAUCCAGAAACACAUCGUCAACUGCUAUUGAAUGGUAGACCACAGAUCGGAUUAUGGAAAUCAUUGUUGAAGGAUCAGAAAGUCAAAGAUGAACAAGCCUCCCUCAUUAGAGGAUCAAGUGAUUCAUCUCGAUCUCAACAAUCAUUCCAAUCCAACCCUAAAUCGUUGUACGAAGCACAUUGUUUCCCUCAACGGAUAAGUCAUUUCGAUGAUAGUGUCAAUGGUACUUUCUGUCAAAGAUACUGGAUUGAUGCAAGCUAUUAUAAAGAUGGUGGACCUGUCUUUCUACUAGAUGGAGGCGAAACGAGCGGACAAGAUAGAGUUCCAUUUCUCGAGAAAGGAAUCUUACAGAUACUGAGUAACGCAACCGGGGGAAUUGGGAUUGUACUUGAGCAUCGAUAUUAUGGUGAUUCAGUACCUGUUUCUUCAUUCUCUACAGAUGAUCUGAGGUUUCUGAAUAACAAAGAAGCACUAGAAGAUUCAGCAUAUUUCAUCGAACAUUUCAAAGCUCCUCAAUCGGUCCUCUCGCUAUCGAGUGAUGACGCUCUUCACCCAGACAAUACAGCGUGGAUAUACUAUGGAGGAUCAUACGCAGGCGCAAGAGCUGCUCAUAUGAGAAAGGAAUACCCUCAUUUAGUUUGGGGUGCUAUAGCUAGUAGUGCCGUCACUCAUGCCCAGAUUGAUUUUCCACAAUAUUACGAUCCAAUCCAACGUUACGCACCAGAAGAAUGUAUUUCAAUCCUUCAAAAAGAUAUAAUAACCAUUGAUCAUUUACUUGAUCAACCUGAACCUGUACCGAAAUGGUUAAAAGGCUUAUUCGGCUUGGAGGAAUUAGUCAGUAAUGAGGAUUUCGCAGAUGUCAUUUCCGGUCCAUUAGGUUAUUGGCAAGCUAAGAAUUGGGACCCGAAAGUUGGCUCAAAUGCUUUUUACGACUUUUGUGAUGCUUUGACUGCUGGUGGUGCAGGUAGUAAAAUCGGGUUAUUCAAAAUACCAGCUUCUAUAGUGAACUACGGUAAUUACAUCAAAGUUGGGACGGUCUCUAGAUGUCCUAGAUCAGAAGGAAAACCUGCGUCCGACAUAGAAGAGUGUUUCGGUACUUCCCAAGAUUCCAAAUUUAGGGAAACGGAUUUGGAACAAACCUGGAGAUUGUGGAUCUUCCAAGUCUGUACUCAGUGGGGUUACUUCCAACCUGCGCCACUCGAAGGACCAAGGAUAUUAUCGAACAAACUAACCCUCGAAUACACCUCGAAAAUAUGUCGUCAAGCUUUCCCUGCAGGCAAGCACUUCUCCGUUCCGCGAUGGCCAGAUGUGGAAGAAGUGAACCAGAGAGGCGACUACGAACUUGAAUAUGAACGAUUGGCAUUCAUAGACGGUGACAGAGAUCCUUGGAGACCUAUGACACCUCAAAGCGACUGGGCACCGAGAAGAAAAAGCUCAGUAUCAAAACCUGUCCACUUGAUCUUUGACGGUGUGCAUCAUUACGAUGAAAACGGCCUUGAAGAUCACUCUCAAGAACCUCACCGUAUAAAAGAUGUACAUGAGCUUGAGAAAUCUUUCGUUCAAGAAUGGGUCGCUCAGUUCAAAGAGGAAAGGUCGGCAAGGAAGGGGUAG